GAAGGAGAAGCCUCUGCUUGUUUCCAAGGAAGGAAGGGCCGAGAAUUCAGUGCGCCGAGGACCCCGCCACCAGCAAGGGCCGCCCGGGGCGGGAGCAAUUCCCCAAGCUGAACACCAGCCUGUCCCGCCCCCGACGCCGGACUAGGUAGGAAGGACGAGACUUCCCCAGUCCGCGCCUUCGGUUCCGCGGCCCCGUGGCAGGGUCUGCUGCAGCUGGCUUGGACGCCGGGCACGACCCGAGCGGCAGCUCUUCGCGCCAUCCCGGCCGACACACGGACGGCUUCCUGCUGCAUUCGGCCAGCCGCGGGGGCUGCCGGUGCCCGGCCAGGCGGAGCGGCCGCGGUGAGCUCCGUCUCCACGUGACGCGUCUUGCGGGGGGCGGGGCAGAGAAGUCGCGUUUCGAAACUCUCGCUCACCCAUUCGCUCGCCGUAGUAGUCGAUCCCAACAUGGCUGCUGCCGGUGACGUGCCGGUCCGAGUUUGCAACCAGGAGAUCGUCAAGUUCGACCUGGAGAUUAAAGCUGCGGUGCAGGAUAUUCGGGAUUGUACAGGCCCUGAAAGCACACUAACAGAAAUGAAUGCCAAAGUGAAGGAGAAGUUUCAGCAUCUACGGCUUAGAAUACAGGAGCUUGAACAGAUGGCUAAGGAACAAGAUAAAGAGUCGGAAAAACAAGUUUUGCUUCAAGAAGUAGAGAAUCAUAAGAAGCAAAUGCUCAGCAAUCAGACAGCCUGGAGGAAGGCAAAUCUAGCUUGCAAAAUUGCCAUUGACAAUGCUGAGAAAGAUGAAUUGCUACGAGGAGGAGACCCUUUAAGACAAAGGAAAACUACUAAGGAAAGCUUGGCAGAGGGGGCCAGUAAGAUCACAGAGAACCUGAUGGGUAUUAGCAGGAUGAUGUCUCAGCAGGUCCAACAGAGUGAGGAAACUAUGCAGACCCUCGUGAGUUCUUCACGAACCAUCCUGGAUGCAAAUGAUGAAUUCAAAUCCAUGUCUGGGACAAUACAGCUGGGACGGAAACUCAUUACCAAAUACAACCGCAGGGAGCUGACUGAUAAACUGCUCAUCUUUCUUGCCCUUGCCUUGUUUUUGGCCACUGUACUUUACAUCCUGAAGAAGAGACUGUUCCCCUUCCUGUAAAAUUCCCAAGUGGAGAGAAGGAAAUAUAAAAUUGAAGAAAAGGAAAUGGAGGAUUUCUUACAAGAACCUGACACUUUUCUGAUGGAGAGAAAAUUCAGGAAGAUAGACCUCUAUAAUAUAUAAACAAAAUAUACUACCAGUCUGUGAAGAUGUAAGCUUACUUUAAGUGAGCUGAAUGAGCUACAGGUAGAGCCAGGAAUGGUAAGAGUGGGGCUGGCAGAGAGAGAGAAACUGAUCAGAUGCCAGUUUUAAUGGUGCGUUACAUUCAGCCUGUCUCCCAUCUUGGCCUGUAACAUGUAUUCCGCUUUCUUCCUCAGAGAUCACAUCAGAAGUUUCCCUGACAAGAUUAGUUGCGAUGCUGAUCUAAAUCAAGCAAGGCAUGGAAGAAGUGGGAAGAUAUUGCAGAAAAUACAUUUAGAUGCAUUCCUUUAAUAAAUUGUAUUUGAAUACA